UCCAUCUCCAUCACUCUUCUGUACAGCUAGAAGAAAUACCAUCGAAGAGGGCUGAUCGCAACCACAAACCGCAACCAUGAACGGCACAGAGGGACCUUAUUUUUACAUCCCUAUGUCUAAUGCGACUGGGAUUGUCCGGAGUCCCUAUGAAUAUCCUCAGUACUACCUUGUCUACCCAGCGGCUUAUGCUGUCCUGGGUGCCUACAUGUUCUUCCUCAUCAUUUUUGGCUUCCCCGUCAACUUCCUGACCCUGUAUGUCACCAUCGAACACAAGAAGCUGAGGACCCCUCUAAACUACAUCCUGCUGAACCUGGCGGUGGCCGACUUGUUCAUGGUGAUUGGAGGAUUCACGACCACGAUUUACACCUCUAUGCAUGGCUACUUUGUCCUAGGUCGUCUUGGCUGCAACCUCGAAGGAUUCUCUGCUACCUUGGGUGGUAUGAUCGGUCUCUGGUCUCUUGUUGUUCUGGCUGUUGAAAGGUGGGUGGUCGUCUGCAAGCCCAUGAGCAACUUCCGCUUCGGAGAGAACCACGCCAUCAUGGGUGUAACCCUGACCUGGGUUAUGGGUUUGGCUUGCACCGUUCCCCCUCUGGUUGGCUGGUCCCGUUACAUUCCUGAAGGCAUGCAGUGCUCAUGUGGAAUCGACUACUACACACGUGCAGAGGGUUUCAACAAUGAAUCCUAUGUCAUAUAUAUGUUCGUGGGCCACUUUUUAAUUCCACUGGUUGUGAUCUUCUUCUGCUAUGGCCGUCUGCUCUGCGCCGUCAAAGAGGCUGCUGCCGCCCAGCAGGAGUCUGAGACCACCCAGAGGGCUGAGAGGGAAGUGACCCGCAUGGUUAUUCUCAUGGUCAUCGGCUUCCUGGUAUGUUGGUUGCCCUAUGCUAGCGUGGCCUGGUACAUCUUCACACACCAGGGCAGUGAGUUCGGACCACUCUUCAUGACCAUUCCGGCCUUCUUUGCCAAGAGCUCUUCCAUCUACAACCCAGUGAUCUACAUCUGCAUGAACAAGCAGUUCCGUCAGUGCAUGCUCACCACCCUGUUCUGCGGGAAGAAUCCCUUCGAGGAGGAGGAGGGAGCAUCUUCUACCAAGACCGAGGCCUCCUCUGCAUCUUCCAGCUCUGUGUCUCCGGCAUAAAUGGGCCCUCAGCAAGAGGCUGCGUGAUCCACUAUCCAAGAAGAAGACUUCUACUCCCCCCGGGAAACGACUGAAGGCUAAUGUCUACAGAAAUAACUUCAUUUUUGUAUUUUUACAAACCAGUUGGUUCAACCUAAAGACAGUUGCAGGAAAGGUCAGCCCAUUACAAAGUUGUUUCUGUAUGUACAGAAUAUCCAACGUAACAAUAAUAAUUUUUUUUCUGAAUUGAAAGGAAAAAAAUGUUAAUCUUUUACAGUUGGAUCUUAUAUGUUACUGGCUUAUUUUUGAAUGUAGAAGCAUGUAAUCAAGGCAAUGUAAAAUAAAUCGCACUUUGCAAAUCAAUCCAUGCUUAUGUUUUACUUACAGUUGGGGUGGAAAAGUACAAGUGACUGUAGUAUAUGUAAUCAAAUCAAUAAAUGUGAAUGACCUGCA